AGACAAACAAAACGAUGAAGUCACAAACAGUUAUAUUCCUCAUAUCCAUGCUCUCCUUCUUUGCUCUUCAUCAAUGCAUGCAUGCGGAUGUUGGAGAAAGAGAGAGCGGGAGCAAGUUCUACAUUCCAAAUUGUGUUCCUGCCCGAUGCAGCGAAACUUUUUUCAAACGGAAUUGUUGGUGUUGUUUUCAUGAUAUAACGAUUUGUUACUGGACCCAAAAAGCAUGCGAUACCAGCCCCCGUUGUCCUCCUUUAAAGUCUAAUCCUUUAGAAAAUUAAUGUGUAAAAAAAUUAUAUUAAUAUGUGAAAAAAGAAAAAAGAAAUUAAUUAGUAUGGUUAAA